AUGGGGGUGGCGCCGGCGGUGGGCGUGGCGGCGAGCCUGUGCUGCGUAGGGGCGUGCGCCCUGGCGCUCUACCUCUACCGCAUCCUCUGGCUGGCGCCGGAGAGGGUCCGCCGCGCGCUGAGGAGGCAGGGGAUCCGCGGGCCGCCGCCGUCCUUUCCCUACGGCAACCUCGCCGACAUGAGGCAGGCCGCCGCCGCCGCCAAACGGACACGCGACGCCGGCGACGUCGUGCACGACUACCGCUCCGCCGUGUUUCCCUUCUACGAGAAGUGGAGGAACGAGUACGGCCCGGUGUUCACCUACUCCGUGGGCAACAUGGUGUUCCUGCACGCCAGCGACCCGGCCGUGGUCCGCGACGUGUGCCUCUCCGUCUCGCCCGACGAGCUCGGCAAGAGCUCCUACAUGAAGGUCACGCACCACCCGCUCUUCGGCGACGGCAUCCUCAAGUCCAACGGCGACGCCUGGGCACGCCAGCGGAAGCUCAUCGCCCCCGAGUUCUUCCCCGAAAAGGUCAAGGGUAUGGUGGAUCUUAUGGUGGACUCGGCGCGGGCGCUGGUGCGGUCGUGGGAAGCCAGGGUGGCCGGGACCGACGGCGGCGUGUUGGAGCUUACGGUCGACGACGACUUGAGGGCCUACUCCGGGGACGUGAUCUCCCGGACGUGCUUCGGGAGCAGCUACGUCAAGGGCAAGAGGAUCUUCGCCAUGAUCAGGGAGCUCCAGAAGACGGUGUCCAGGCCGAACCUGCUCGCCGAGAUGACCGGGUUCAGGUUCCUGCCCACGAGGAGCAACAGCGAGGCGUGGAGGCUCAACCGGCGCGUGCGGCGGCUCAUACUGGACGUCGUGAGGGAGAGCGGCGAGGCGGACGGCGGGAACAACCUGCUCAACGCCAUGCUCCGCAGCGGCCAGGCCGAGGCCGGCGUCGGCGUCGCGGCGGCCGAGGACUUCGUCGUCGAUAACUGCAAGAACAUAUACUUCGCCGGGUACGAGACCACGGCCGUGACGGCGGCCUGGUGCAUGAUGCUCCUGGCUCUCCACCCGGAGUGGCAGCGCCGGGUGAGGGACGAGGCGAGGGAAGCCCUCGCCGGCGGCGCCGCGCCGGACUUGUCGUCGCUCCAGAAAAUGAAGCAGCUGACGAUGGUCAUCCAUGAGACUCUGCGGCUAUACCCGGCGGGCUCGGUGGUGUCGCGCCAGGCGCUGCGGGAGCUCACCCUCGGCGGCGUGCGCGUGCCCGGAGGCGUCAACAUCUACGUGCCGGUGUCGACGGUGCACCUGGACGCGGAGCUAUGGGGCUCCGACGCGCGGGAGUUCGACCCGGAGCGGUUCGCGGCGAGGCCGCAGCUGCACUCGUACCUGCCGUUCGGCGCCGGGGCGCGCACCUGCCUCGGCCAGGGCUUCGCCAUGGCCGAGCUCAAGGUGCUGCUCUCGCUCCUGCUCUUCAGGUUCGAGGCCGCUCUGUCGCCAGACUACCUACACUCGCCGGUGCUUAGGCUCACCGUGGAACCGGAGCACGGCGUGCGGCUCGUGCUGAGGAGCGUCCGCCCCGACGGCUCGUCUUAA